UUAUCUCACCCUCGUUUUGGGGGUGCGCGGAUGUAGCAGUGUAUGGGAAGCACGCGCGAGAUGAUACGUUUCUCUCUUUCAUGGAGCAUUGAUCGGAUCCUGCGCAUUCGGGAGAGGCUGGCCAUAUUACCCCCGCGAUCCUUCUGAUCCCUUCAACACCGUGUUCCCGCUGCUAGUCGAUGCCGCGGUCGACGUAUUCGUCGUGAUUUUCACCUGGAAAGCCGCGGUGUAGAUCUUAGAUAAGUAACUAUUUCAUCAUGCGGCUUCACAAUCCGGAUAGUUAGAUAUAAUUUCGCGCCCUCGUUUCAAUUCUUCUCCGCUCUUUUUUUUUUCUUCACCUCUUCAUGAAGCUUCGUUUGCAUCUGAAUCUCGGUCGGGUUUAGUUUAUUUCUACACUGUGUGAGGCUUCCGAUCAUUAGGGAUUUCCCUGGAGGAACAUCCGAAACAGGUGUCGGACUCGCCAUUUGUCACUGUAUUUAGUUUAUGUACGGGACUACAUCUAUAAGAAAUUAAACAUAUUGCCGUAGAGGCAACAGAGAAAAAUGGCGAAUUUCCGUGGAUUUUAUAUACCUUCUUUUGGUGCAACGGUCAACGUCGCCUGGGAGACUUUGAAGGCCAUAUGGCCAGAGAACAGUCCGUGCAUGGAGUUAAUUCGUGGCAGCGGCGCCGGCGGCAUAGGUCAGGACCAUCCUCAAGGCCGAUCCGGUCAGAGUCAAUUCAAAUCCUUCGACGAAGGUCAUGAUAACACUGAGAUGAUGACCAUGAACGGGGAUCAGGCAUAUCGAGAUCAGAACAACGUGGGGAUCGCUGAGGACUCCUUCAGUUAUCAGAGAAAUGGGGACAAAAUUAGAACUGGAAGCAUGAGCAGCGGAGAAUUUAGCGAGUACGACGAGGGUGGCGGAGAGUUCGGAGCGGGUGUCAAGAUUAACGAAUGGCAAGCUGCUUGGAAUGUUACAAAUGCCAUUCAGGUACUGCAGGAUCAAAGGAGUUUCUGGUAGCCAUCACUCAAAGAAAAACAUAAUGGUAGCGAUAUAAAAGUGACAAUUAUAUAUGUUUUAUUUGAAGAAUUAAUAUAUUUUUAGAAGGGGAAUACUAGAUUACAAAGCUGAUUAAACCAUUUUGUAUUUAUUAUAUAUUGCAACUAUAAAAAGAUGUAUUUAACUAUACAUAUAUAGGUCAUUUCACGUCAACUCGAUCACUCUCUACUCAAAACUGUACUCAAUUAAAUGUAACUUGUAGGAUAUUAAAAUUUAGGUUGAAACUUCUUCUUCUUUUCAAUGUUAUGUGGCGAUUUUGAAAAGUAUCAUAUAAUGACCUUGAUUUUGACUUUGAUCUGUUAAAUAGAAAAAGUAAUGUUUUUCAUUACUUCAAUCUCCACUAUUUUUUUUUUAAAUAAAGUACAAUAUCAUUUUCAAUGUAAUUUUACUAUAGUAUGCUGAAUCCAAAUCUGAAAUUAAAAUUAACCAAUAAUAUUCGUCAAAUCCUGAUGGUACAAUUUUUCAUUAUUACAAUUUGUAAUUCAUUACAAAAAAGCGAUCGUGUUAUAAUAAA